AUGUCACUCUUGUACAUAUCGGACAAUAUCAACACAAUGGACGAAAACCCGUGGAAAGAUGAAGGGGAUGAUAUAGAAGAGGGUAAUGUUGAUAUAGAAGCCUCAAUUGGGAGCUUAUUGGAAAGUCCAGCCGAGAUUGCUAUCGAGGAGGUGCAACAGCCAUUGGAGUCCGAGGAGAGAAGCGACAAUAAUGAGGAGGCAGCUCAAGACAAGACCCAAGAAGAGACCCAGGAUGUGGUUAAGACAGAAAUUGAAGAGCAGUCCAAUCCACCGAGUGAAGAAACCCUAGACACCAGUAUCAGGCAAAAUAUGGAAGCAACAAGUGAAGAAAAGGCAGAGAUUCCCGCAAAACAUAAACCACAGUUACAGGACUCUGUUCAAAGCUCACUUGUUUACGGGAUCUGCAUCGUGGACUUCCACCAUAUAAGAGGUCCAGAAAUAGAGCAUUGGGUAGACUCUCAAUCUCUUCAUGGAAUUGGCCAAUCGGAUCGAAUUAAGCAGAUUAACGAGAUGUGGCCGAGCUUGCCUUUCCAAUCGCUUCCUGAUGGAGCCCAUCUGUUUGAGGAAUCUUUUGCAAAUUUUACUUUGAUUUUAAACGAUGGCUCUUCUGAGGACAGUUUUGAGCUUCCAGCAGAGAAGAGGUCCGAAUGGGAGGACAAUGCCGUGCGAGGAGAGACACUGUUUGGAUGCUCUUGUAUUAGACAAAUGCCCACUUCCGACCUGAAAACCGUGGAAAAAGGAAUGACGAGAUCCAUAGUUCAGAAGGCGAUUGUUAUGAUUACAAAGUAUCCAAUAACGGUGCAGUUACGUGAAAAACUGAGCAUCGUCACCACCAGCUUCUUUCACCAACGGGACUUCCACGAUAAAGAGAUCAUCGACUCGUUGUUCGAGAACGUGUCAAUUUUGUACAGCCCAUUCAAGGUAGAGAAUGACGAUCUGUUUGAAAGUGAAAGAGGAAAGCAACAAUCGCAUGAUCAGACUCAGCCCUCAAAUGUCAAAGUGUUGAAAGAGAGCGAUUUCUAUGUGGGGUUGAAUCUGCGGGAUCUCCUUCGAACUUUGGGAAAAAACCUACUUGUUUUGUUCAAAGCAUUACUAUUGGAGAAAAGGAUUAUUUUUUUCUCGAAGAACCUCAUGAAAUUGUCCAAUUUUCAGUACUCUUUGCUGUCUCUGAUCCCAAGUUUGCUGCUGAACCUAAAAGAUUCAGGCUCACCAAUGUUCCAGAGCUUGACAUCUGCUAGGAACAGAAUCACAUCGCUGAGCACGAGUGAUCGGCAAUCAGUUCUGGAGUUUUUGGGACUUCCGCUGAAGAUUUUCGAUAGAGGUGGAUUUUUCCAGCCGUAUCUUCCGUUACAGCAGCUGGAUUUUCUGAGGAAUGCAAACACUGAAUGGUAUGUGAUUGGAGCAUCUAAUGACCUUUUGCUUGGACAGAAAGAUAAACUCGCAGACGUGGUCGUUUAUAUUGAUUUUCCACAGAAUAGUGGAGCGGUGUCUUCUGCACACACUUUUGGACAUUUGGAGAUUAUAGAUCCCACAUUGAAGGAUCAACUCGCACUGACUCACCAGGAUAAGAAGUUUAUCAGCUUUUUAAUUUCGGAGUGCGAUAAGGUGGAUAUUUUGGAAGAAUCGCAAGAGCUUCAACCGCAGCCGUCUGUUUUGAAUAACAAUGACUUCCCCAAGCUCAAUACCUUUAAAGGUGGGGACGAUUUUAUCAGAUAUAACUUCGAGGACUAUUUGAUUGGAUUACUUGCAUGUUCGAAAUACGACCAGUUUUUACAGAGAGCCACCGAUACCCAGCUUCAAUCGUUUAUCAACCCAUCCAAACAAGAGUUACUCAUGCCCAAUAACAUCGCCCAGUUCAACUCUGCAUGGGUAGACAGGUGGAAGCAGACCCGAAACUUCCAGUUUUUCAAUAUAUACACGGAUGACGAGAGCUUCAACUUCUUUGAACCGGUCCACCAGGCCGACAGGGUGGACUCUUCCAAGAACUCUUAUUUCAGCCAAAAUUUCAAGGCCAUGGGCGAUUUCUUCAAUAAACGCUUACAGGAUUUGAAGAGGAAGCCAAAGGAAGCCGAAACUAAGGAAAAUGAGGCUGAAAGUUUGGAAGCCGAGCAAACAGAUCAAGAUAAGUGCACGGAUGGUGAUGUGACGGAGGAUACUCCCAAGAACACGGCUUAUUCGAAGUUUAAUGCCUGGGCACAAUCGUGGAAGAAACAGUGA